AUGACAGAUAGGUUUGAGGAGCUGAGGCGGCGGAAGAAGCUCCUGCAACAAGAAUUACGCCGCCGCCAGGUGUUUCCGCGCCAACGCAAGAGAUUCGACCGUGACGAUGACGAGCAACGCGAAUGCGACGAAUUAUACGAACGCAAGUUCCGCCAGCUGGAACGCGAACGCGAUGAGCUGCUCGAGCGUGAGCAGCAACGGAUAGACGUCCACCAACGAGUGCAGCGAGAAACGGCAAAGGAUCAGAAGCCCCAGAACCUCGUCCAAUAUCUGGAAACGUGUCAUGCCCUCCACCUCAGGUUCCAGAAGACGGCCAGUCGUUCCCUAAUAACGCAAAAGGAAGCACUUAGCUGGACAUUUCCCCGACGAAUCAUUCCGUGGGACGGCUUCCCAAGAUUACAAGAAGGAGUAUGGCAGCGAAUAUUGUCAGACAGUGCAUUCUGCAAGGAGCCCCGGUUUCCAUCGAUUCAGCAGCUCGAGGCUGUGAAGCGCACCCUUACCCCAGUCAACAGCGAGGCGUCUCUGCAGCACUUUGGACGCUAUGCCAUUGAAAAUGUGGUGCAGGAAAUGAUGGACCAGCUGUAUGAGGACGGCUUGCUUUGGAACGGUCUUGGGCUCAGCGACGAUAUCAAGGUGACGAUAGAGACGGACAAAGACCUCGGCCAGGUGUUUGAACCCAUGCUGGAAUCAUCAUGGCACAAGGGUGCAGGUGAAUUGAAGAUUUCCAUGCGCAAUUCUCAUCGCAGGGCGAAGAGAGCGGGCAUCUGGGUCAAUCGGUCGUGCGUGUAUCGGCAUGACGAGGACAGGGGCGAAAAGACUCCGAUAUUUGCAUUCGUGCAUCAACUACCGCAUCGCUUGCAGCUGGACGAAAUCAACCGCGGGCUGGCAUCCGAGAUCCGACCGGAACGAGACGUGAUUGACAAGGAGGGUGACGACUUCACUUUUGCCUCGAAGACGCUUGUGGCGGCCACCGUCACUCAGCUUUAUUCGUACAUGAUUAGCAAGGAGAUUCAGUAUGGAUGCGUUUGCACUGGAGAAGCAUUCAUCUUUUGCUGCAUAUCGGAGGACGAUCCCUGCACCAUAUACUGCACGCCAUGUAUGCCAGAACGCGAGGUCAUGCCUGAUGAUCCUGCCAGGCUGCAUCGAAGUGCUGGUGCGCUAGUGUUUGGGCUUGUGCUUCAAGCUCUUCGCUCGAGACCGCUGCCCGCGUCGUGGUGCGAUUCUGUCACAUAUAUGGAUACUUGGACCAUGGGAUACGACGAUGUGCUGGACAAGAUACGAAAAAUGGGUGUCAUGAGGCCGCAUUCGUCCAUGUCUUCGCUCAGAAUGUCUCGUUGGCAAGGGUUCAGACGAUCACCAAUACUCACCGAGAUCCGUAGAGAAGUCAGGGGAAACGACAAGAUCAGAAAUUGGCUCGAUGAUGUCCCUGCCCAAAGAGCCUACGAAGAUACAACCGAGAGCAUCGCUAGUGCACCGACAUCAAUACAGGACCAGCCGUAUUGCUCUCAGAAAUGCCUCCUUGGUCUGGUGCAAGGGAAAUCACUGGAUAAAAACUGCCCCAACGCAGAGUUCCACGGAUCGGCUCAUCUCGACUACGACGACUUUUUAAACCUCCUCCGCGCACAACUUGAUGAAGACGACAACCUCGAUGCCGAUUGCACACCACUGCGAGUUGCCAACGUUCCCAAAUCUCUCUUCAAGAUGCGGUUGACAUCGCACGGGUAUACAUUCAUCGCCAAGGCGGGGAAGAAUUCGGCGUACUUGUGGAGCGAAAAGUUUGUAUACGAUCAGAUGGCGAAUCUCCAGGGCCGCUGCAUCCCCGUCUGCAUCGGGAUGAUAGAGCUCAUCAAGCCGCGCCGCCACAACAGCAGAGCCUUGAAGGACCUGCUGCUCUUGAGCUGGGCGGGCCGACCUUUUCUAAACUGCUCCAAGCAGGUGACCAAAGAGCAGAUUGCUAGAAUGAUGGAAAUGGGCAUAGAAGCCAUUCACAAGGUGGGAGUAGUGUACAAUGGCGGGCACAUCCCCAGCAACUUUUUGUACGACGCAUCCCGCAACAGCGUCAUGAUUGUGGAUUUCGAAGAGGCGUCCCUGGAGUUCACCAAGACGCCUGCAGUGGUGGGAGAUUCCCAGAUGCGAAAGAGGAAGCGAGAUCGAUGGCAAGAAGAUGCCCGGCGGGUGUUUGAGGAAGACACGGACUGUGCCGUGACAACGAUUAUGAAGUCGAUGCCACGGAAGACUUCGAGUCGGUUUGCUGACGAUGAGUCUGAGGUGGGGGAUGACUCUGUGAGUCGUUGUUGUUAA